UCAAGCUGAGCAGGAGCUCGGAUAUUACAUACCCUCCACAGAAGCGCGAUUUUGCUCUGGCUUGGCUGAAGUUUUCCCACAGAUAAGAGGGAAAGGGGUGGGGAAGCAAGAUUGCCCCGAGGACACCUCUCUCUUGCAGGACAUGGAGAACAGGCCAGCAGAGACCAACUCAGAGGUGGACAAGUCGGCAUCACCCUCAGUGGCUCAGCUAGCAGGGAAAUUCAAAGAGCAAGCAGCCAAUAUCACUGGAAAAGAGGUACCACCACAUAAGCCAACUCGGAGGAAACCACCAUGCUCCCUUCCAUUGUAUUCCCACAAAACUGAGACAAGUGACAAUGAUGAGCAAAAGCGGUCUCCAAAUGCUUGCCCCUUUCCCAAGGUCAAGGUGAAAAGCUCUCCCAUGAUUGAAAAGCUGCAGGCCAAUCUGGCUUUUGCUCCAGCUGCUCUGCUGCCGGGAGCAUCUCCCAAAAGCCCUGGUCUGAAAGCCCUGGUUUCUCCGUUCAGCACCCCUCCCUCAACGCCCAGCAGCCCAGGGAUUCAGUCCCAGCCCAGUGAAGUGAAUGAGACCCCCGUCAGCUUUGAUCAACCCCCGGAAGGCACUCAGCUGCAAUUCUAUAACAAGGUGCGGACGCGAGGAUCGAUAAAGCGCAGACCUCCCUCCAGAAGGUUCCGAAGAUCUCUGUCUGAGUAUGGAGAUGGGGAAGAUUUAGGGGUCAACCUUUCUUCUCCAGAAAAUGGUGGCAAGGAAGACGGGGAUGAGGUGUUUGGGCCCAAGGGCAAGGCAGAGGAGGCAGAAACAGGGAGCAAAGAGCAAAAGGAACAGGUGGGGUCUGAUGAGAAGCCCCCAUCAAGGAGAGGAUCCCACAGAUCAGAAGAUGAAGAAAAAGGGGAAAAACAGGCAGAGAAAGUUACUCCUUGCAAGAGUAAUGCAGGGGAUAUAAAGGAGGAGGUGUGUCGUGGUGCCCCGGAGGAGGUGUGUCGUGGUGCCCCAGAGGAGAAGAACUCUCCCCAGCCUUCCUCUGGAGACAAGGAGGAGAAGGUGUGCGAGGGUCUGCAGGGAGAAGAGCAAGAAGGCAGCGUCUAUGAACAGGAAAAGGGGAACAAGGAGAAGGAAGAAGCUGAAACUGAAACUGAAGCAAAGGACACAGACACUGAAGAAACACCACUGGCACCUGAACCACUGCAAGACGCAGUGGGCUUACAGACUGCCAGUGAGCCUUCAACGUCAGCCAUGCAGGACCAGGGCACAGUGUAACCAUGAUGCACA